CGAUAGAAAUUAAAGCAGUGACGCUUCUUAGUUUGAUUGUUCUUUCCGUGUUUAAAUCGAAAUGUUUUUAUAUAAGUGUACACAUCAAUAAUAAAAAUAUGUUAAAAUUUGUUUUUUCAAAGCAUGUUCAUUAUUUUAAAAACAACCGAACAUUUUAUUCUAAAAGAUCAUUUAUUAAUACUACUAACAGCACAAAUGGCAUGAUACUUUGGACAACUUAUCUUCCACAGAGAUCUUCCAAUUCACUUUCGGUUAUUGGAAUUAGGUAUUGCAACGGUAAUGCUCUAAAUGAGGCGCAAAAGAAGAAAAGUGUUCUAUAUUCUAAGAUACUGUUUAAUCCAGUAAAAAAUGCUUUAGCCUCUGUAGGUAUAAUAAAUGGCAAAUCAGUUCAACAGAAAAGGCAUUGCUUUCAUCCUGGAAUUUCAAAUUUAGAUCGAGAAGCAAUAGGUGCUAAAAAUUCGCCGUCUAUAACCACAUCUCAAAUGAUAACAGCAAUGUUCUCUCACAUUUGGCCAAAGAAUGAAAAAGAUAUUAGGAAUAGAGUAAAAAUUGCAAUUUCUUUACUGAUUGGAGCAAAAUUAUUAAAUGUUUCUGUUCCUUUUCUUUUUAAAUAUGGAAUAGACACGAUGACUACAACUCAGAAUUUAGGAUCAUCUCCAGAAGCAAUAGCAGCUGUAGCCACUUCAAUUCUUGUCGGAUAUGGUAUUGCUCGUGCUGGUGCAGCAGGUUUUAAUGAAUUAAGAAAUGCAGUAUUUGCAAAAGUUGCUCAAAAUUCAAUUCAUAAAAUAGCCAAAAAUGUAUUUUUACAUUUACAUAAUCUUGAUUUAUCAUUUCACUUGUCUCGACGGACCGGUGCAUUAACUAAGACUAUUGACAGAGGAAGUCGAGGCAUUAAUUUUGUAUUGACUGCAAUGGUAUUUAACGUUGUUCCUACAGUUUUCGAAUUAAUUUUGGUCAGUACGAUUUUAGGACUAAAAUGUGGAUCGGAAUACGCAAGUAUAGCAUUAGGAUGCGUUCUUACUUAUGCAGUUUUUACACUUGCAGUUACACGAUGGAGAACGAAAUUUCGAUUAAAUAUGAAUGAAGCAGAAAAUGAUGCAAGUAAUAAGGCUAUGGAUUCUCUUCUCAACUAUGAAACUGUAAAAUAUUUCAACAACGAAAAAUAUGAGGCAGAAAGGUAUGAUGUUUCACUAAAGAAAUAUGAGUUUGCUUCAAUGAAGACGAGUACAAGUUUGGCCUUUCUAAAUUUUGGACAACAGGCUAUAUUUAGUUCAGCUCUAAGUUUAAUAAUGGUGUUAACUGCAAAAGAUAUUUUAAAUGGUACUUUGACUGUUGGGGACUUGGUUAUGGUAAAUGGUUUAUUAUUUCAACUUUCGAUUCCACUUGGAUUUUUGGGUUCAGUGUAUCGGGAAGUAAGACAAGCUUUUAUCGACAUGAAGUCUAUGUUUCAUUUAAUGACACUAGAUCCUCUUAUAAAGAAUAAGGCUACAGUUGUUCCAUUUAAUAUUAGCACUAAGAAUGCUGACAUUGUUUUUGAUAAAGUAAAAUAUCAAUAUGUCCCAGGAAAAACGAUAUUUGAUGAUUUGUCUUUCACAAUUCCCAGUGGAAAGAAAAUUGCAAUUGUUGGUGGUUCAGGAACUGGAAAGACGACGAUAGUAAGAUUACUGUAUAGGUUUUUUGAUCCAAACAGUGGAAAUAUUUAUAUUAAUGGCAAAAAUAUUCAAGAUAUUGAUGUGAACGAUCUUAGACGAUCUAUUGCCAUUGUGCCACAGGAUUCGGUAUUAUUUCACGAUACGAUAUUUUAUAAUAUUCAUUAUGGAAAUUUUUCAAUGUCUGAAAAUGAUGUUUAUGAGGCUGCAAAAAUGGCAAAUUUACACGAAAGUAUUUUAAAAUGGCCUAAGGGAUAUAAAACACAAGUUGGCGAACGAGGUUUAAAAUUGUCUGGUGGUGAAAAACAGAGAGUUGCAAUUGCAAGAGCAAUUUUAAAAAAUAGUCCAAUACUUGUAUUUGAUGAAGCUACAUCUUCUCUGGAUUCUAUCACGGAACAGAAUAUCCUCGAAGCUUUACGUCGAGCCACUACUGGUAGAACGUCUAUUGUUAUUGCACAUCGUUUAUCGACUGUUAUGGACGCUGAUGAAAUCUUUGUUGUAAACAAUGGUGUUCUAAUGGAAAGAGGAGAACAUGCAGAUUUGCUGAAGAGUAAUUCUUAUUACAAUAAAUUAUGGGCUACUCAAAAUAUUAGAGAGAAAUAAGGCAAAUGGAAUUAUAUAGAUUGUUAAAAAUUGUUUUAUCAGAGAAAAUAAUAUAAUAAAUUAAUUGUAAAAUUAUGUAAUUAAUAAUAUUCUGUUUUAUCGUA